CUAUGCUGUGAACACUCGGACUUUGAGACAUGAUGAAACUUCACCCCCGGUACCAGCUCAUCCAGCUCAAGCAUGGCUUUGCAAUGAGAGAGAAAAUCUGUUGUCGUCAGAGCACACGCAGUUCAGUAGCAGAUCAGAAAGUGGAACUUUAUCCUGGACACCUGAAUCAAAAUCAAGUAGGAAGAGUUUACUGCAAUCUGAAAAAGAGGAAAAAAUUUCAGAAGAAUGGGGCUUUAAGGAUAUCUCUACAGCUCAGCAAAUGCUAAAGAGAGCAAAGAAAAUGAAAUCAAGGAAACUAAGGAAAAAAUUAGAACCGUCUGUGCGACUAGCAUUAUUCAAAAAGAACAAAAAUAAACUUUCGGUUACCAAGUCAUCAAAGAAAUCACAGCUCAGAAGAGACAAUUACUUUGCAGAUGAGGAGGAAGAAGCAGCCUCCAAGGCAACUGCUGCAAAGGAAAAGUUAGAAAGGAGUAAGGAGUAUACCUACCAGUGGCUGCAUACACAAGUUGGCUUUCCUGAAGCAACUAGUUCCAGAAACGUGAAAUGCAAUCACUUCUUGCCCGAGUUAGAUCCAGAUGUACUUAAUGGUGGAAGAGUUCAACUUGUGGCAAGACUUGUAAGCAGAGAAGACACGGAUUUAGACCUUUUUUCCAUGACCAGUGCAAGUACUUUGUCUGUGAACAAAGAAAAAAAAAGCCAGACACACAGAUACUCGACGGGAUCCUCAAGUGGCUCAAACAAGGGAAUAAUUGCACCAAUGAUAACACACACCAGACCUUCUAUUAAGGAGCGCAUAUCAUUCCGCGACAAUCCUGUUCAACUCAGCGGUGGCUGGGGAAGUGGCAAAAGGAAGGUGAAAUCGUCCACUUAAUAGUCCCAGCUCCAGCACUCCAAACACCACGCACAUGACUUAGUUAACUCUGCAGAUACCCGGUCCUGUUACCAGACAGAAACAAGGUUCCCGAAACAUUGCACUUACUGUUUCAUUAUGAUAUUUCAUAAUGUUGUCUUCUAGGCGCAGCCACUUUCUCGUUUAUUGCUAGAGUUAACAGAUCCUCGUGCGUUCUUGUGGAGACACCGCAGGGCAAUUUGUAUGAACAUUUUCUCCUUUGGUUUUUAUGUAAUGAUGCAUGUAUUCAAAUUAUUCUUUUAACUCCUUUAAUAUAAUACAUAAAUGAAUAUAACUAUAGAUGUUGCUUAGAGAAAUAUUAGUGAAUAGUUAUUGCAUUAAUAAGUUUGAAUGUCCCCAAUUUCUUAGCAUCUUAGAAUUCAUUAUGUGUGUGUGUGUGUGUGUGUGCGCCUUUUAAGCUAAAGUGAAAUAUAAAUUUAAACAUUUAUCAACCCAGUAAUUUGAAAAUAAAUCUGUAAUGUUUUACUCAAGUGUGUUUUAUCCUUGUCUAUAAGAGAUGUAUGUGAAUUCUGAUUCUUUAAAACAAUCCAACUCACACAUACUCAAUCACUUUUAAUUUUGUUAAAGCACCUUUAAAAUGCCAUUUGAUUUUUUUUUCAGAGCUGAAAAUGAUCAUUUGCAAGUAUUAGUAUAUUUUCUUUACUUGUAGACAAGUUUUAGUAAAGUCUUACUAGUGUGAGGGUAAUUCUCCCCAUGUUAUCUCUGCAAGUACAGUAUGCAAAAUGCCGUUGGGCUCUGGGCUUAGAGGCUCUAUCGCUCUCCAUCCGGAAUGCCUUUUAGGAAACUAAACCACGCACUCCAGUGACUCUUCCUAGUUUCUCUGUGUAAUAGGAUCCAGUGAACUUCAGGUUUCUCUUUUGUUUCUCCUGCUCUCCAGUGAAAUUCUUUACCCAGAGAUGACUAAACAGAUUUCAAGAUACAUUUGUUUACUUUUUUAAAAUUUAAUCCCCCCCAUACUUUCUGGACUCCUGUUGCAUUUCAAACCUGUAAAUCUCUUUUAACCUGAUUGAGAUAGAAAUGUUAAUGAGCCUUGAGCUGUCAAUCUAUAAAGAAAACAUUGAUUCAUAUGUUUCAAUGUAGAAAUUGAGCUCUACAUGUAUUUGUUUUGUGAACAGUUAGGUCAUCCCUUUGCUAACAACAUCCACAAAUCAGUAUAAAGUAAUGAUGGAAAAUAUUUUAUCUCAGCUUAUUUUCAACUCUGAAGGAAAAAAAACACAUUAAAAGUGACAUUGAUAGGGUUUUAUGGUUCAUAAACCUACCCAAUGAAGUGGAAAGGCUAGUAUGAGAAAUGAGAUGUUUAUUAUUAAACUGUUUUCAUAUGUGAAAUAAACUUUGUAGUUUUUUUCUUCUGUAACUUUUGUGAUUUUUUUCAUAGUAGUAAUUGUGAAGAUCAUUGGUAUUGAUGACUUUAAAUCUGUAGGCAAUGAUUAAUAAAUGUCAAUAAAACUGUUUCCAAGAAUUAUGGUGUUUACAUCAGAAGUUCUUUUGAAUGUAGUUUGUUGCAUUUAACCUAAAAGUGAUCAUCCAAAGAAACUUAUAAUCCCAAAUUUGCCACUUUUUAUUCUAGUAGUAUAUUUGUGUUCAUGAAACUGGUAUUUUUAAAAUUUAAUAAAACAUUAAGUGGUUGAACAAA